CAAGCAGUGACUAAUAAAGCAGUGAAAUAGAGAAGAUUAACAGUGAAUAUGAGUGUAUACCGCCAGUCAGAAAUAAAUUAGACGGAACUGUGAUUGUAUAAUGAUGGUGAAGACGACUACUAUGGCUGGCAUCACCAUAAAUACCACCACCAUCCCCACUAUCUCCACCACAACCACCAUCAGCACCACCACAACCACCAACACCACCACCACAACCACCAACAGCACCACCACAACCACCAACACCACCUGGGAAGUAGAACAGAGUUCAUAUACAAGUAUCCCGGUAGAGACUCUCACCCGGGGUAUUCCGUCCACUCUUCCGUCUACAACAGCAUCGUUUAACAGCACCUUGGACAACGACAGCUACUGGCACACCUUCGACGACUUCUUCGUGCCUCUCAGAGACAUCGACGAGUCGUUCGUCUUCGCCAGGAACGCCACGGACGACGUCCUGGUGGAGAACGCCACCGCGGGUUACGUUCCGUACAACCAGCGUCCAGAGACCUACAUCGUUCCGGUCCUCUUCAGCCUCAUCUUCAUCGUUGGAGUUAUCGGUAAUGGCGCGCUGAUCGUCAUCUUCAUACGCAACAAGAACCUAAGGAAUGUACCUAAUACAUACAUUAUAUCGUUGGCACUGGGAGACCUGCUGGUGCUCUUCUUCACCGUUCCCUUCGUCUCCACCAUCUACACCAUCGACUACUGGCCCUACGGUACCUUCGAGUGCAAGUUUAGUGAGUUCGUGAGGGACAUCUCCGUCGGUGUCACUGUCUUUACACUCACGGCUCUCUCAGCCGACCGCUACAUGGCUAUUGUCUCCCCUGUCAGGAAGGCAGUGGGAGCCGCUGGUGGAGUGACGUUGAGAGCUGCUGUCAGUAUCUGGCUGGUAGCUGUGCUCUUAGCUACUCCAGCUGCUGUUCUCUCCCACGUGAGGGUCUUCGAGGUGUCGGAGAAUAAAUCGAUUAGUGUGUGUUUCCCUUUCCCGGAACACUUGCCCAGCUGGUACGCCAAGGCCAACAUCUCGAUCAAAGCCCUCCUCUAUUAUUUCCUGCCACUCGUGGUCAUUGCUACCUUCUACCUUUUGAUGGCCCGACACCUGUUUGCUUCAGACGUCCCGGGAGAGUCUCACGUCUUCCACAAACAAAUUCGCACACGUAGGAAGGUUGCCAAAGUCGUACUGUGCUUCGUGUUGAUAUUCGCUACCUGUUUCCUGCCCACGCACGUUUUCCUUCUAUGGUUCUACUUCGACCCACAAGCGUCCAUCAAAUAUAACGACUUCUGGCACGCCCUAAGAAUCAUCGGCUUCUGUCUUGGUUUUCUCAACUCCUGCAUCAACCCCAUUGCUCUCUACUGCAUCUCUGGAACCUUCAGGAAGCAGUAUAACCGCUACCUGUUUUGUUGCUGCUGGGAGAAGGUCAACCACAGGAAUAUGGAUUACCUUCGUUCUGCGCGCUCCAGUGGCUCCAGGUACAGGUGCUCCACUCUUCGGCCGUCGGAAACCAUCACCCUGAGCACCCUGCUUCAGGAGCGGCCCUGUACGGCCAUCUCGUGACAUACAAACGUCAGCCCUCGUCAGCACGAUCUGGAAGACAUCCUUCCAUGCUCUCAGCUUGGAUCUUCUUUCAGACUACCAGAUAAUAACCAAGACAUUAAUAAUGGCCUAACCAUUUAUGAGGUUGUUCAGAUUUAAAACAUUUUCACACAU